CGCAGAUUGAGAUCAACAGCUCAGAGGUCUGGAGCAGGAGAUCUGUAUAUGUGUGUAAGAGCUGAGCUGCUGCUCGCGGAUUGAUCAGUGGAAUAUUAUCUCCAUUCAACUUUGGGCUUCGUCACUUGCACUAUGACGACGACUGUGACGAAAAGGUCGAGCUCGGAUCAAAGGAAGGUGCGUCUGCGGGAUGCGGCUCGCUGUAGACGGAGUCAGGAGACAGAAGUGUUCUACGAGCUUGCCCACUCGUUGCCCCUGUCACGCCGCAUCACCUCCCACUUAGACAAAGCUGGCAUCAUGAGGGUGACCCUCAGCUAUCUGCGUAUGCACCACCUUCUCGACUCCUCAUGGACAAAGGCAUCGCCGGCAGCAAAGGAAGAAGAUGAUCCCACUGAUGCAUUCUACCAGCAGGCACUUGCUGGCUUUAUUCUGGUCUUAAGUGAAGACGGGGACAUGGUCUUCCUCUCUGAUAAUGUCAGCAAGUUCAUCGGCAUCACGCAGCUGGAGUUGCUCGGCCAGAGUGUGUACGAUUACAUCCAUCCAUGCGAUCAAGAGGAGCUGCGAGACCUUCUUACCACCAAACCUGGGCUCUUUAAGAAGAAGUCUGAGAUUUUCACAGAGUGCAACUUCUUCCUGAGACUGAAAAGCACACUUACAAGUCGUGGCAAAACCGUCAACAUGAAAUCUGCCACCUGGAAGGUGGUUCACUGCACAGGCCACAUGAAGACAUUAAACCAGGAAGGGGAAGGCUUCUCCCCUGCAGGGAGCUUUAUGACCCUGCUGUGUGAGCCCAUCCCCCACCCGAGCUGCGUUGAAUUCCCACUGGACAGCAACACCUUCCUCACACGCCACAACAUGGACCUGCACUUCAAUCAGUGUGACGGCCGGGUGACUGAGCUUGUUGGAUACCAUCCCAGUGAUCUAAUUGGCCGAUCUGCCUAUGAUUUCUUCCAUGCACUUGAUUUUGAUCAUCUGACAAGGAGCUUGCAUAUCCUUCUCUCCAAAGGUCAGGUGUGCACUAGCCGCUACCGUUUCCUGGCUAAGAACGGAGGAUUUGUUUGGACAGAGACCCAGGCCACAGUGCUCUACAACAACAAGACCUCACAGCCUGAAGCUGUUGUCUGUCUCAACUUCAUUCUCAGUGCUGUGGAGGAGGCAGACACGGUGUUCUCCAUUGAGCAGACACGCUGUGAUAUGACGCUGGAUAAAUUGCAUUUGAUUAAAGUGGAGGACUCUGAGGAUGAGAUGAGUAGCAGCAGCAGCAGUGAGCUUUUCCACAGUUUGAAGGACAAUCCAGAGGAUCUGCUGCAGCUAGCACCAGCCCCAGGAGAUACCAUCAUCCCACUGACAGAGCCUAGCGAGUUGUACUUCGGCCCACCAUCCAGCCCCAACACAGUGCCCGAAUGUCCAAAGGACCUGUACCCCAAACUCCGCCAGCUCCUCUCACCCAUAUUCGACAGCUCCUGCCCCACUUCCCCUGAGCUGAGCUCAGGUGAUGAGUUUCUUAUGGAUACUGGUGAGGUGGAGAAAUUCUUUGCUGACAAGCCUGAGGAGACUCAUACAAAGCCAAUGGAGGAUCUGGAUGACAUGGAUCUGGAUAUGUUGGCACCAUACAUCUCCAUGGAUGAAGACUUCCAGCUGACCUUCUUGCCCCAAUUGCCUGAGUCAGAGACACAGCCUGCUAAAGUAUCAACCACAACGUCUAAGAAAAGAGGCCUGGAGGAAGAGGAAGACAUGCCGUCUCUAACAACCAGCUGGGAGAAGAGACGGAAGAAUCUCAGCAUAGAGGACGAGUUUCUGCUUGCACACUCCUCGAUGAUGGACCUGCAGGUUGCAGGCAGUUUGGAUGAGCUGGAGCCUGAGCGUUGGAAACAAAGUCGACUUCUGACAGACAGAGACCCUGUGCUGGGAGGAACACAAUCACUUGGUGAUACAGCAGGUUUGAUGAGGGAGUCUUUUGUAGCACAACCCCCUGAUUUAAUGGCUUUAACCGGGACUAUAUCUUCACUCUCCUGAGAAGAAAAAUGAGAAGUCAAUGAUGAUGCAAAAACCCAAGGUGCUUUAUUGCCAUUUUAUUAUUAAGGAUUCAUAUUAAAUUGUGUAAUAGUCACAACACAGUUCAGGAAAUCCUGGUGAUCAAUCACCUGCGGAUUAAAUCCACUUCUGAAUAGAACAGAUCCAUGCAGGUUUGUUGUGCCGACUGAGUUGCGAGAACUGAGUUAGUUGGCUUUGACUUGCCAUCCUUCAAGCAGAAAUUUCUCACGGGUGUCGCCAUCAGUCACACCACGCUCACACAAAAAAAAAAAAUCCUGCCUCAAAAAAACCCACCUCAGACUCAAGAAGAGCUGCCUGAUGCUGUGAAACCAACAAUUGUCCAGAUACCAAAACUCUCAGAAAAUAAAGCAGACUUUAGAUGAGAAAAAGUUUGCAAAAUAUUGUGCAAUCUGGGAUGAGGACAAUGUUAUUCCGAUUUCUUCCUUUACAUUGUUUCCUGUACAAGAGUGAACAUGGUCAAAGAAAUUGUUCACCUAACCAUCAAUUUAGUUUCUCAUGUUGCUGUGGCUAUGGAGGUCUAAGUAAAAUAACCACAACGUUCAUUAUGUAACCCCCCAUCUUCAUCCUGUGGUUGAGAAUGAUGAGGCUUUUUCUCGUUUUUUUUUCUAUCAGAAAUGAGUGAUGUUUAGGUUCAUUUUAAGGCUCACUUUUAAAUCAAGGAAUGUAUAUGUCUGAUUAAUGCCGUACAUAACGCACACAGGAGGUCCUCGCCUUUUUCUGUAAUCUUUUUACUGAGCAUUUUAUAUAUAUAUAUAUAUAUAUAUAUAUAUAUAUAUAUAUAUAUAUAUAUAUAUAUAUAUAUAUAUAUAAUAAACCUUUGCAUAUGUUAUAUGUAUGUAAAAAUACAGUUUCAUUUGUUUUCUCUUGUAUCUUUGUGUCCUUUUGCAAUAUAAAGUGAUCUUCAAUCUUGUCUGCUCUUCACUGUAGUAUCCAAUGUAAAUAGGAAUUUGUCGUGUUUGAGGUGUAGCAGUUUGGGGGACAGUAGCCAGAAAGUGUUUUUAAUCUGUCUUUUUGCAUUUAAUCAUUGUAUGUGUUGGAUUUUAAUCAUGUAGUAUUUUCAAUAUACGGGCUAGUUUGAUCUCUUACGAUGCAGUAUUCAAUCUCGAAUGAAAACUGUUUGUUCAUGGAUUUGUUCUCAGUAAUGGUUUUUUUUUGUUUUUUUUUAUUGUUUUGAGGGGAUGGGGGGCCUUGCAAGCUAUGUUGAAGGGCAAUUACGCCAAUGCCUUGCUUGUACGUUUUCUUAUUAUUUUGCUGUCUGAAAUUCUGUAUGUCUUGUUUUAAAGUUUUUCAUUUUGAAUUUUAACCCUAAAAUGUAACCAUGAAUUAACUUUUUUUUUUUUUUUAAACAGAAAUACAAUAAAACUGAGUGUAUGAUG